UUAGAUUGCUAUGUAUAGCGUGCAUGUAAUAAAUACCAUGAAUCUUUAUCGAUUUCUCCCUUUCUUUUUCUAUUUUCAAUCUGAUUUACCAAAAAAUAAAAAUAAAAAUUCAUAUAUGGGUCAAUUUUCUAUGAAGGAUUCUUAUCUCGCAUGAUUCUUGGUUGAGUUUUUGACUUUUUUGGGAUUCCCUAUUUCUUUUUCUUCAGUCUCUGCCCCCAAUUCGUGUGUCUUUUGUGGUGAAAAUCAACAAAUCACUGGGCUUUGAUUCCUUUAUAAAGGUAAAUGGUGUUGGCAGGGCCUUGUGCUUCAAAUAUUCAGGCAGCUUGAUGAUAUUUCUUAUCUGAAUUUGAGCUUAGAAGGGGGGGUUUUCCCUGUGAAUUUGUGUGGAAAAAUGAAGGGUAUUGUGUUGAAUCAGGCGUUGGUUGUCGUUGUUGUUUUUGUGUUAUGUGGGUGUGGUUUGGGGAAGAAGUGUACAAACUCAGGAUCUCCUCUCUCAUCACACACCCUCAGAUAUGAGCUCUUAUUCUCCAAGAAUGAAUCCAGGAAGGCAGAGGCGUUGGCCCACUAUUCUAAUUUGAUUCGCACUGAUGGCUCUGAAUGGUUGACCUCGCUUCCCAGGAAGGCUUUAAGGGAAGAAGAUGAGUUCAGUAGGGCUAUGAAGUAUCAGACAAUGAAGAGUUAUGAUGGGUCAAAUUCAAAUUUCCUUAAGGAAUUUUCUUUACAUGAUGUGAGAUUGGGUUCUGAUUCUUUACAUUGGAGGGCACAGCAGACCAAUUUGGAGUAUUUGUUGAUGCUGGAUGUGGAUAGACUGGUGUGGAGUUUCAGAAGAACAGCAGGCUUGCCAACUCCUGUCUCUCCAUAUGGAGGUUGGGAGUCCCCUGAUGGUGAACUCCGGGGUCAUUUUGUAGGGCAUUACCUGAGUGCAUCGGCGCAAAUGUGGGCCAGCACUCACAAUGAGAGUCUUAAAGAGAAAAUGUUGGCAGUGGUUUGCGCUCUUGGUGAAUGUCAAGAGAAAAUGGGCACUGGUUAUCUAUCUGCUUUCCCAUCUGAGCUAUUUGAUCGUUUUGAAGCUCUAGAAGAAGUUUGGGCUCCAUAUUACACCAUUCACAAGAUAUUGGCAGGGCUUUUGGAUCAAUAUACGUUGGGUGGUAAUGGCCAAGCUUUGAAAAUGGUGACAUGGAUGGUUGAGUACUUCUACAACCGCGUGCAAAAUGUGAUAUCAAGUUAUAGUAUUGAAAGACACUGGUUGUCACUUAAUGAAGAAACCGGUGGCAUGAAUGAUUUUCUUUACAACCUAUACCGCAUAACGGGAGAUCAAAAACAUUUUGUGCUGGCUCACCUUUUUGACAAACCAUGCUUUUUAGGUUUGCUUGCAAUGCAGGCUGAUGACAUAUCUGGAUUUCAUGCCAAUACGCAUAUCCCAAUUGUUGUUGGAGCUCAAAUGCGGUAUGAAAUCACUGGUGAUCCACUUUAUAAGACAAUAGGAGCAUUCUUCCUAGACACUGUUAACUCCUCUCAUAGCUAUGCAACUGGAGGGACAUCGGUCGACGAGUUCUGGUCAGAUCCCAAGCGGAUGGCAACAACACUUAAGACAGAGAAUGCAGAAUCAUGCACAACAUAUAACAUGCUAAAGGUUUCCCGCAACCUCUUUAGGUGGACAAAAGAAGUGGCAUAUGCUGAUUAUUACGAGCGUGCCCUGACAAAUGGUAUUUUAAGCAUUCAAAGAGGAACAGAUCCUGGAGUGAUGAUAUACAUGCUCCCACUAGGUCAUGGAAAUUCCAAGGCCCGAAGCUACCAUGGGUGGGGGACAAAGUUUCACUCUUUCUGGUGCUGCUAUGGGACAGGAAUCGAGUCAUUCUCAAAGUUAGGAGACUCCAUAUACUUUGAGGAGGAGGGAGAAGUUCCUGGGCUUUACAUAAUGCAGUACAUAUCAAGCUCACUUGACUGGAAAUCUGGACAGAUGGUUCUGAACCAAAAAGUAGAUACUGUUGUUUCUUGGGAUCCUUACCUUCGAAUCACUUUGACAUUUUCUCCAAAGAAGAUGCAGGGGGCAGGCCAAUCUUCUGCCAUAAAUUUGCGGAUACCGGUUUGGGCAUAUUCAAGUGGUGCCAAGGCAGCAAUAAAUGCCCAGGCUUUGCCUGUACCUGCUCCAAAUAGUUUCCUAUCAUUCAGAAGAAAAUGGAGCCCUGAUGACAAGUUGACCCUACAGCUGCCCAUUGCAUUAAGAACAGAGGCUAUCAAAGAUGACCGGCCCAAGUAUGCAUGUCUUCAGGCUAUACUUUAUGGCCCCUACCUUCUUGUGGGUUUGACUAACAAUGACUGGGACAUUCAAACCGAUUUGGCUGCCUCACUUUCAGACUGGAUAACUCCAAUUCCUGCCUCUUACAAUUCUCAUCUGAUUUCGCUAUCCCAAGAGUCUGGAAACUCAAGUUUUGCCUUCACAAAUUCGAACCAAUCACUUACAAUGGAGAGGUACCCUGAAUCGGGUACUGAUGCUUCUCUCAAUGCCACUUUUAGACUCAUCCUAGAAGACUCAACUUCUUCAAAAAUUUCAUCACCAAAAGAUGCCAUUGGAAAAUUCGUCAUGCUAGAACCGAUUAACUUUCCUGGAAUGGCAGUGGUGGAGCGAGGAACAAAUGAAAGCCUUGGCAUCACGAAUUCUGCUAGUGUUGUAGGCUCUUCUUUGUUCCAUUUGGUUGCAGGAUUGGAUGGAAAGGAUGGGACAGUUUCCUUAGAGUCAAAAACCCAGAAAGGUUGCUUCGUCUACAGUGGUGUGAACUAUGAUUCAGGUUCAGCCAUUAAGCUCAAGUGCAAACUGGCUUCAUCUGAUGUUGUUUUUAAUCAGGCAACCAGCUUCACAUUGAAACAUGGCAUCAGUGAGUAUCAUCCCAUCAGCUUUGUGGCAAAAGGGUUGAGAAGGAAUUAUCUUCUAGCACCAUUGCUAAGCUUGAGAGAUGAAUCUUAUACAGUGUAUUUCAACAUACAAGCUUCAAAUGGUUUAAGGUCAGCAGCCUAGGAAUACACAUAUAGCUUCAACAGAUUAGGCACUUGUUACAUGUAAUAAUUUACAAGGUUUGAUUCUGUCAGUGGCUAUUUGCCAGACUAUUUUAUUCAAAUAUAUGCUUAUUAUUUUCUGAUA